CAACGCAAAAGACAACAUCGGCCUCUUGGCUCCAAGAUGACUCUCCCAUGCAAAGUGUUUGUUGGACUAAGCAGCCACGUCCAUACUGACGUGGAAUGGCUAGCGAAUGACACCGCCGUCGACGUGGUUUACAAGCAAAGCAGAGUUACAGAGGGGGAACGACAAGAAAUCAUAGAAAAUGGUGAAAACUUCAUUGAAGUGCCACUGAUUUUUGAUUCUGUCGAAGAAGUGGAUUUUUACACAGACUUUACGUGUCUGGCCCAGAACAGAUACGGCUACCAAGUACUACCAACAAGGGUCAAGCAGGAAGCUGUCGGCUUGUCUUGGUCCAUUGCAGUGAUUCCUGUCGCGUUGACCUGCGUGAUUGUGGCGGGGAUAUUCAUACACAAGUGCUGGACGCGGAGAGACGAUAAAGGAUACACAAUAGCAAAAGUUUAA